AACCUAGUUUCUUGUGCAAAAAUUGUGACUUGUACUGCAAUGCACAUACCAUGGCGAACAUGCUACAGUCAGUCUCAACAGCAACUGAUCUACCCUCUGAUUCCUCCGUUCAUGAAUCAAUGGAAAUUUCUGGGUCCCAAUUCACAAGCUCCGAUAUCAAUGCUCUAUCUUCAGGUGUAACUAUUGCUGAUCUGCAACUAACAAUUGAAAAAUUGCAUGCCGAACUCAAACAGACUCAAGCCGAGCUCAAACAAGCUCGGGAAGAAAUCCAAGUUUUGCGCAACCAACAAGUACAUACUGAUACUUAGCCUGUUUCUGAUUCAAAUAGUUCUCAAUUCCCACCCCUGCCCUCUGCCUCUCAAUCGCUCCCUCCCUGGCGCGAUCCAGCCCGCCUUAGUCUUCUCAAAGCUUC